UCUGUGUGCUUCUAAUUUAAGCCAUCAUCCACCACUAUCAACAACGUUACUGCAGUAAUGCUUCACUGGUCUUCUCUGCGUUUUAAAAUGCAUCAAUUUAUUCUGCAAGACUAGAGGAUAUAAUAUCGAUAGCUAAAUGGAGAUUACUCGUGCCAGACCAUCGCUGUUUGGAGAUAUAGCUCAUGGCCUGGGGUUCUGGACAGACCGUUCGGCGGUACACGAGGCAGCAGCCCAGGGAAAGGCUCUUCAGCUACAGAAGCUGAUCCAGGGAGGGGCAGCAGUUAACUUAGUGGCUGUGGACUCCAUAACCCCCCUCCACGAGGCCUGCAUACAGGGACAAACACAGUGUGUCCGGUUGCUGCUGGACGCUGGUGCUCACGUGGAUGCGCGGAACAUUGACGGCAGUACCCCUCUGUGCGAUGCCUGCGCUGCGGGCAGCCUGGAGUGUGUGAAACUACUCAUACAACAUGGGGCUACGGUCAACCCUCCACUGUUCACCUUCUCACCCCUCCACGAGGCCUGCAUGGGGGGUACAUGUUCAUGUUGUAACUCUGACUGCGUUCAGCUCAUGAUAGACGUGGGAGCUCUGAUGGAGGCCCAUGACUGCCACUUCGGGACACCGUUACAUGUAGCGUGUGCCAGACAACACUUUGACUGCGCCAAGGUCCUCCUCAAUGCAGGGGCGAACGUGAACGCUGCCAAGCUCCACGAGACGGCGCUCCAUCACGCAGCCAAAGUAAAGAACGUGGAUCUGAUCGAGCUGCUGAUUGAGUUCGGUGGGAACAUAUAUGCCAGGGACAACCUGGGCAAAAAGCCCAUCAACUACACAAGUCAAGGAUCUCCCACCAAUAUCUGCCUAGAGUUCUAUGAAAAUACUCCCCUCAGUCUACAACAGAUCAGCAGGAUAGCUCUGAGAACAGCACUGGGCAGAAGAGCCCUGGACGACGUGUCCAAACUGGGCUUGCCCAAUCGCAUCACCUGCUACCUCUCAUAUCAGCCACCACCAGAUCUGGACUUGGACUUUGACUACUUCUAACAAGCCCCACCCUACUUCUAACAAGCCCCAUCCUACUUCUAACAAGCCCCUACCUACUUCUAACAAGCCCCAUCCUACUUCUAACAAGCCCCAUCCUUCUUCUAACAAGCCCCAUCCUUCUUCUAACAAGCCCCAUCCUUCUUCUAACAAGCCCCAUCCUCUUCUAACAAGCCCCAUCCUUCUUCUAACAAGCCCCAUCCUACUUCUAACAAGCCCCAUCCUACUUCUAACAAGCCCCAUCCUACUUCUAACAAGCCCCAUCCUUUUUACGAGUCUGUUUUGUCUUGUGCCGAACGAUUUCACCACAUAGGAAUAAGCCUGGUCCCAGGUCUGUUUGUGUUCUUGUCAAUGCCAACUCAUUGUUAUGCUGACAUUGUUCAACCAAUUAGCAUAACAAUGGCUGAUUGCACAAACAGACUGGCACUCAGACGAGAUGGGAAUGAAGAUGCAGGGUAGCCUGGUUCCAGAUCUGUUUGCGCGUUCUUGCCAACUCCUAUUGUCAUUGUCAGGCUACAAACACAUUGACAACGACUAUAGGAGUUGUUUAUACAAUUACAAACAGAUCUGGGACCAGGCUAGAAGCAAGAGAGCCCAAACUCAUUUGUCUGAGUUAAGGUUUCAGUUAAACUACAAUGAAAAGUAGGGAUAUGAUGUGACAGGUGUCAGCUAGCUAUGCUUGAAAGACUGAGGGCGAUACUCAAAUCUGUAUCACCGAAGGGUUAUAUUUCUAUCCACCUGUAAAGGUAAUUUCUGAUUGAGCCGAGAUAUGCAGUGUUCACCUUAAAUGCAGUCUCCACGAUAUGGAUUGAAUCUAGGCCUAAGCGUUCCCACUAACCAUAGUCUUAUGCUUGUACCCAGAUCUAUUUGUCCUGCUUUAUGUUUGGGAUGUUGUGCCUUGCCAACUGCAAGAAGGCACAAACAGAUCUGGGACCAGGCUAGUCUGUCCAACCUUUCUGAAUUCUUAAAUCUUUUAGCUAAGCUUUUAGGAUUGUGUAAUUAUGUGUAAAUAUCAAACAUGUAUGUUUAUUUUGAAUAAUGUGUAUAUAAACUAUGUAAAUAAUACAAAUUAUUUGAUUUAUGUAAA